AUGAAGGCUUCUCAGAGUCAUCAGAAGAAUUACCAUGAUAAGAGGAGGAAGUCACUUGAGUUCGAGAAGGAUGGACAUGUGUUUCUUCGAGUUACGCCGAUAACGAGUGUUGGUAGGGCUUUGAUAUCGGGUAAGUUAACGCCGCCUUUUAUUGGUCCUUAUCAAAUUUCGAAGAAGAUAGGUGAAGUGGCAUAUCUAAUUGCAUUUCCACCGUCGAUUUCUAAUCUUCAUGAUGUGUUCCAUGUGUCUCAAUUGAGGAGGUAUAUUACGAAUCUAUCGCAUGUUAUCCAAUUAGAUGAUGUUCGAGUAAGAGAUAAUUUCACAAUUGAUACAUCAUCUAUGCGAAUUGAAGAUCGAGAGGUGAAGAAGCUUCGUGGUAAAGAAAUUGUUUUGGUGGAAGUGAUAUGGGGUGGAGUAGACAAUGACAAUAUCACUUGGGAACUCAAGGAUAAGAUGGGGGAAUUAUAUCCAGAGUUGUUUGUUUGA